AUGGAAUACACUUUUCGGUUCAUCAGGUUCAAGAUGCAUAUCCCCCAAGUCGUCGUCACUGCCCUGGCUCUCUUCAGCCCUUGGGACAAGCACAUCUGGACUGCCUCAGACGAUACCGUCCGUGGCGGCAUUAGCCAGUCCUACUUUGAUGUCCUUGAGCCCAAGACUCAUGAGAACCCUUUCUCGCACCCCAUCGCCAAGUUCUACGGACACUUGGACCACGAGACUCUUGGUGGAUCUGGAUUCGCCUCGCAGCGUACGAUUGAUGGUCUUCCACCUACUGAUCUUUCCAAGUACGACCGCCUCCUUCUUGAAAUCCCCUACUCGGAUGGCAAGAUCUACACCAUCAACAUCAGAGACUCGGACGUCGAGACAAAGGGCGGCAAAGAUCAGCCUUCCGUCAACUGGGCUUAUGACUUCCAGCUCCCUGCUACCAAGGUCGUGAAGGAAGAAAUUGAACUUCACCAGGUUGUCAUCUACUUCAAGGAUCUCACCCCAACUGUUCGAGGAACCGUUCAGAAGGAUGCCAAGCCUCUUAACCUGGCCAAAAUCCUUGGUGCCAGUAUCAUGAUUCGCAGCUUCGAGACAACGCAGCAAGGCGACUUUGAGCUUAGGAUCAAGUCUGUCACUGCUUUGGGACAGGACUGUGAGGCUCCCAAGAUUGAAGUCUCAUGCGAGAGCCUGUGCGGCAAGAAGAUUGAGGUUUACUAAGCCGGUGCAUUGGUCUGAACCUUGCAAAGAGGAUCUCUGGAGGAGUAUCGAACAUACGCAGAUGAGAAGCAAUAUGGCUGUAAACAUAGUCUGUGUAUUUUAAUUGCUUCUGGAGAUCCAGUUAACAACAUAUCAUAU